CACACAUAGCCACACCCCUCUGACAUGCCCAGCAGCAUUGUCCUGAAGGUCUUGGAGCAAUAUUUAAAGCAGAGAGGACGCUGGUAAAUGCACUUUCUGAUGCGAGACUUGACUGCAGAUCAUGAUUCUCCUGCCUCUGCUCACCUGCGUCCUUCUGGGAGCACUCAGUGCUCAGGCUAAAGUGGUUGACACCUUUGCUGAAUGUGACGAAUUCUUUUACAAGGGAAAAGAACCAGCAGGGAUGGAUCAGAACGCCAAGAAAAUCUGCCAGAAAUUAAAUAAUAGGUAUCACUAUGCCACUCUCUACUCGACACACCACAGAAUUCCAGUCUACAGCGCAUACCUUUUUGACCGUCAUAAACAGCAUGCUGGAAACAGCAGAACAUCAGUAUGGUUUAUUGAGCCACAGAUUUCUAUUAAGAAUUCUGUUGAUUGGAUGACACUGGAGACAGUAUAUAAUAGAACAGAUAUAAAAGUGUCUCAGGCCCUCAGCAGUGACUACAGUAAGACAGGAUAUGACCGUGGACACCUCAACCCCAACUGUUAUCAGUGUGAUGAAGGCCGUGAAGCAACAUUUACUCUAACCAACGCUGCCCCCAUGAAUCCACGCUUUAACCGAGUGCGCUGGUAUCAGUGGGAGAAAGGGGUGAAAGACUUCCUAAAAGACAAUACUGUAUCAACAGUCUACCUAGUCACAGGAACUGUUCCACAUCCAAAUAAACGAAUACCUCAAAGAGAGGAAUCGGUUCAAGAGCAAUCAAGUGAUGAAUACGAGCGGGUGACUGUUCCCACACACAUUUGGACCGCUGUCUGUUACAUACACCCCUAUGACAAGGACAAAUCGUUUUCCUUUGGCUACAUAGGCCUAAAUGUGGCAGAUACUAGCAUAACAAUGAUGCCUGUUGCUGAUCUGAAUUCUCAACUGGCACAACUCUAUCAACCGUCUGGAACCGAGCAGGCUAGAUGUAACCUAAGGAUUUUUGUUGAUGAAUGUUACUGUAGCAGUAGAAAAUAUGAGGAAAUCACUGAAUACCUAAAAAUUAAAAUUCAACUGACAGAAUUGCAAAACAUUAACGUUCUUUUUCAAAUGCCAGCAAAACGCAGAUGCUCUGAGAUAAGAGACAGCAAAAAGCAAAGUUAUUUUUCUAUAGUAGGCUAUAGCAGUAUGAUUGGCUUUUCUAAGGACUUGGAGAACAUGAAGCGAAACACAGACAGAGCCUGUGUUCUGACUGAAGUGGACACAAGCCGCAUUUCUGACACAAGUUCUGAUCUCAGAAAAAGGGACCUGGACCAGGGUUCAGAUGCUGUUGAGUGUCAGCAGGUCACAGAGAAGUCCGAUCCCACUGCAAUGACUACCGCAGAUGGAACACGUUGCCAGAAUUUGAAGCAUUUCUGUGAAACAAAAGAUGGAUUUAAGCCGUGCUGCUCCACCCCCUGCCUCUACCAGGAAACCCGUAAGGAUUACUGGUGUCGCUCAGGGCAAAUUGAGAUCCAGUGCUCACCUCAGUACUCAUCCAUCACAGUUAACGGGGAGAAGUGCAAAGACGAUCAUCAGUGUGGCACAUAUGGCGAAGACUACUACUGGUGCAAAACAAAAAGCUCCUGGGACUACUGCAGCCCUCCUUUUUGGAAAAGCAAAACUAUAGAUCAGAAAGAUUGCCGCAGCAACCAUGCCUGUGCCAAAUACGGCAAAAGUUACACCUGGUGCUACACUGACUUCAACAACAACUGGAACUAUUGCUGCAAUCAUGAUGACUGCUAUUCAGCUAGAGAUGGCAAAACCUGCAAGUCUGAUCACAAGUGUGGCUACCACGGUAAGGGUUACCUGUGGUGCUACACCACUGAUGGCAGCUGGGAGAAAUGUUGCACUUCGUGUUGAUAGCAGCACUAGGCAGAGGUCAACCCUGUUCUAAUCCUUACCAGCUCCACAAUCCAGUAGAAAACCUUUCCUGGACUGUAGAGACAGUUACUCCAAUAAAAGCAAUGAAUCAGCAGAAUCCCAAUACUUUUGUACACAUUAUGUAAACUGAUCUACAGCUGAUUUUUGAUUUGCUGCUUCAACAUCAAAUCUGAACAAAUCAGUAUAUAUAUUUAAUCAAUACUUUAAAUAUAAUAUGCCUCAAGUCUUGUUUAUUUUUGCCAAUCUGUUAUGUAACA